GCAGCCGCAGAGGGUCCCGUGGUGCCACCCCUGCCCGCACACAGGUGCCCAUGAUCAGCGGGCGCGGGCUGGGGCACACCGGGGGGACGCUGGACAAAAUGGAGGCCAUCCCGGGGUUCUGCGUCACACAGAGCCCUGAGCAGAUGCGCCGCAUCGUGGAGCGCGCGGGCUGCUGCAUCGUGGGGCAGAGCGCGGAGCUGGUGCCGGCCGACCGCGUGCUGUACGGCCUGCGGGACGUCACCGCCACCAUCGACAGCGUCCCCCUCAUCACCGCUUCCAUCCUCAGCAAGAAGGCGGCAGAGCGGAUCUCGGCGCUGGUGUUGGACGUGAAGUUCGGCAGCGCGGCUCUGUGCCCGACCCUGGACGGAGCCAGGGAGUUGGCGCGCAGCCUGGUGGAGGUGGGGGAGGAGAUGGGCAUCCGCACGGCCGCCGUGCUGAGCCGCAUGGAUGAACCGCUGGGGCGCUGCGUCGGAGCCGGGCUGGAGGUGCUGGAGGCGCUGCAGUGCAUGGAGGGGCGGGGGGCCAAGGAUCUGAGGGAGCUGGUGACGGCGCUGGGUGAGCGGGCGGGGGG